AUACCAUUAACCACAGAGGGGAGACUCAUAUUUGAACCAAGACCCCGCAUUACACUGUAGAACUGCAGUGAGCUGGAGUGUACUGAAUGGUGUAGCAUCAAUACUGUCUAUGAGGGUGGGGUCCAGCUGCGCUGAUACCUCUUACAGCGAGAGAGCUCAAGAUUGAGGGAGACAGGAGAAGAGGACAGAGGGAGAGAUUGUACCAGGAGAGGAAGACAACAAGGGAUGAAAGGAGAUACUCCUGUGAAUAGCACCAUGAGCGUGGGCCAGGCAAGGAAGCUAGUGGAACAACUGAAGAUUGAAGCCAGUAUGUGCCGGAUCAAGGUGUCCAAGGCUGCUGCAGACUUGAUGGCGUACUGCGAUGCCCAUGUGUGUGAGGAUCCCCUCAUCACCCCCGUGCCCACAUCUGAAAACCCCUUCAGGGAGAAGAAGUUCUUUUGUGCCCUGCUCUGAGAGACACACACUUUGAUGCCAGAUAAACACAUAUACAGACACGCCAAAUCACUGAAUGCAGAGGCCAAAAGCAGACAUGGCCACCAGGUAACAUACAUACAGACGUGCGUACGGAUAAACCACAUUUAAGAAGAGAAAAAAUGGGAGGGGAUUCAGGGGCUGAUGAACACACAGAAAACAUUUGUAUAAUUAUUUGCAACUUUGAUACUAUGUACACACAGGUUCAACAUAAUUUUGCCAAGUAUUAUUUUUUAAAUUGUCUUUUGUUUUAGGUCUGAAGGGCUGAAAUACACAGAGAAAUGUUACGUUUUUGCAAUUGAAAACUGUUGACAGAUAGCAUAUACCUUUAUUUUGUUUAGGCUUGCAAGACCAAAAGGCUCACAGAAGGACUAUGAAUGAAUGCACAGCAAGACAAAUCUACUGAAAGUAAAAAAAAAGAAGAAAUGCAAGGAAUAAUUAGAGGAAAUAAAUAAAUAACUAUGAUUGGCAUAAUCAUUCAAAUUCAUUUAUUCCUUGAAGAAAACACAACUCUUUCUUAAGAGUCUUGCUGUGGUAAUUUCCAUUACAUAUUUAUACCAAACUGCAAUGGAAAACACUGAAUAUAUGUGGUCGGUGUGAGUGUGUGAAGGGCCAGGGGUAGAUGAGGGGACUGUGAGUGUUUUGGUAAAGCAUUUGUUAUGAAAAAAUAUAUGAUAAUAAACACUCCAGUAACCACAA